CGCCGGCUGCCCGCCCGCCCCUAGGGCCGCGCCGCGGGCCGGGCCCCGGCAGAGCAGCGCCCGCCGCCCUGCAGUAACCCCGCUCCGGUCCAGGUGAGGCGGCUCCGCCAGGGUCCCGGUCCUGCUGCUCCUCGCUCCGCCAGGCUCUGUGCAGCUGUAGGAGGAGUUUGCGGUCACCUCCCCCUCUGAGGCGCUGCGGCCAGAUUCCCCCACUGAGGUACCACCCCAGCCGCCAAGAUGUCCAGCAAACGUGCCAAAGCCAAGACCACGAAGAAGCGUCCCCAGCGUGCCACCUCCAACGUCUUCGCCAUGUUUGACCAGUCACAGAUCCAGGAGUUCAAGGAAGCCUUCAACAUGAUCGACCAGAACCGCGACGGCUUCAUUGACAAGGAGGACCUGCACGACAUGCUGGCUUCCCUUGGGAAGAACCCCACUGACGAGUACCUGGAGGGCAUGAUGAGCGAGGCGCCAGGGCCCAUCAACUUCACCAUGUUCCUCACCAUGUUCGGGGAGAAGCUGAACGGUACCGACCCGGAGGACGUCAUCCGCAACGCCUUUGCCUGCUUCGACGAGGAGGCGUCAGGCUUCAUUCACGAGGACCAUCUGCGUGAGCUGCUGACCACCAUGGGAGACAGGUUCACUGACGAGGAGGUGGAUGAGAUGUACCGGGAGGCGCCCAUCGACAAGAAGGGCAACUUCAACUACGUGGAGUUCACCCGCAUCCUGAAGCAUGGGGCCAAGGACAAGGACGAUUAGGGCCCGGGGCUGCUCACCCCCUCUGGCUCCUCCUGUGCACGACCCCCCACCCCUCAGUCCCCCUUGCUGCCCCACAGCAGGCUCCCCCCAUGGGAAACACCUCCCAGGACCAGCACCUUGCAUCAGGUCAUGCUUGGAGGGGAAGCGCUCCCAUCACUGCACCGCUGUGUGCCCAUCUGUCAGCCCCAGACCUCCCCUCCCAUUGCCUCUCCCACCCACAGGCUCACCCUGCUGGGACCCCCACCAAGCAGCCAUUGACUCCCUCAAAGCCACCAUGCCGCUGGUCCCUGGGGCUGGGGUGAGCAUCCCAGGUGAGCACUGGCCUGCGGGGAUUUUGGCUGGCUCGAGCCUGAGUGAUCCCUGUCUCGGGGCUGUAGCACAGAGAGAAAGCACCUCUCCCCUCUGCUCCCACGCUCCCUUCCUUCAUGAAAGAAAACCCACUUUGUUUCCUC